AUGACUGCGACUAGCCCCCUCAAGACGAAGGUCGCCAUUAUUGGCAGCGGCCCCGCUGGGCACACCGCAGCCAUCUAUGCAGCACGAGCAGAGCUGCACCCGGUCAUGCUGGAGGGCUGGAUGGCCAACGAAUUCCCGGGUUUCCCGGAGGGCAUCCUGGGGGUGGAGAUCACCGACAAGUUCAGGGCGCAGUCGGAGCGUUUCGGCACCAAGAUCUUCAGUGAGACCGUGAACAAGGUGGACCUGUCCAGGCGGCCCUUUGUCAUCAGCACGGACGAGCGGCAGGUCGUCGCGGACGCCGUGAUCAUCGCCACUGGCGCCGUCGCGCGGCGGCUGGAGUUUCCUGGGUCCGAGGAGGGCACGGGGUACUGGAUGAAGGGCAUCUCCGCCUGCGCCGUGUGCGACGGCGCCGCGCCCAUGUUCCGCAACGUCCCCAUCGCCGUCAUCGGCGGCGGUGACUCUGCCAUGGAGGAGGCCAACUUCCUGACCAAGUACGGCAGCAAGGUGUACAUAAUUCACCGCCGCGACGAGUUCCGUGCCUCCAAGAUCAUGCAGAAGCGCGUGCUCGACAACCCCAAAAUCGAGGUGCUGUUCAACAGCGUGGUCACAGAGGCCUUUGGGAAUGAGAAGGGCAACCUGGGCGGCCUGAGGCUGAAGAACACGGUGACGGGCGAAGAGUCCAGCAUCGAUGUGAGCGGCCUCUUCUUCGCCAUUGGCCACGACCCUGCCACAAAGUUCCUGGACGGACAGGUUGUGUGUUUGGAGCUAGACAGUGAGGGAUACAUAGUGACUGCCAAUGAGUCCACGGCCACGUCUGUGGAGGGCGUAUUUGCGGCUGGGGAUGUGCAGGACAAGAAGUGGCGACAGGCCAUUACGGCGGCAGGCACAGGCUGCAUGGCGGCUCUGGAGGUGGAGCACUUUCUCACUGCUCACCAGGAGUGA